AUGGCUAAUUUCACUACGAUGAGUGGGUUUUUUCUCAUGAGUUUCUCUAGCAAUCCUGAGAUAGAAAUCUUAAAUGCUUCUUUGUUUUUAGUCUUAUACUUGGGGGCUUUAACUGGUAAUAUUCUCAUUAUCACUGCAACUUCCGUGGACAAUAGUCUCUACUCACCUAUGUAUUUCUUCCUGAAACAUCUCUCCUUUUUGGAUCUAUGCUAUAUUUCUGUGACUGUACCAAGGUCCAUUUGCAACUCUUUCAUGCAUAGCGGCAAUAUUUCCCUCUGGGAGUGCAUACUGCAGUGUUUUGCAUUCACUGUCUGUGGUUCUUCUGAGAUGGCCAUGCUCACAGUGAUGUCCUAUGACCGCUACGUGGCCAUCUGCCUUCCACUGCGCUAUGAAACCAUCAUGGAUGUCAGCACCUGUGUUCAUGGAGUUUUAGCUGUCUGGAUAAGUGGAGUCAUCUCUGGAGUCAUGCAUACAGCUGCUACUUUCUCUAUUCACUUUUGUGGUGAAAAUAUCAUUCACCAGUUCUUCUGCAAUGUCCCCCAGCUCCUGAAACUCUCUUGUUCCAAUGACUAUGUCAGUGAGCUUGGGGUCACUGGCUUCCUGUCCUUGGUGGCCUUUCUUUGUUUCAUCUCUAUUGGCCUCUCCUACACACACAUGUUCUCUACUGUGCUGAGGAUCCCAUCUGCUAAAGGCAGAGCCAAAGCUUUCUCUACUUGCCUCCCCCACCUUGGUGUUAUCAUAUUGUUUAUCUCUACUGGAGCUUUGGAGUUUCUAAACCCACCUUCUAACUCUCCGACUGAGCUAGACUUUUUCCUCACUGUUUUUUUUACUGUUGUGCCCUCAACACUCAAUCCAGUGAUCUAUAGCCUGAGGAAUAAAGCCAUGAAGGUAGCUUUAAGAAAGGUUUUAAAAGAAAGAACAUCCUACCUGUUUUGCUGA